AUGAAAGGGAAGGGUAAACAAUUGGAGGACCUUAACACAAACGCAUACAUGAGACAGCAUCAUACUAACCUGGUGGAGAAGUUGAUGCCACUUCUGGCUCCGGAGCUUCCUCCGGGUUUUGAACCAUCCCCUUCUCUGGUCGUACCAGAAGUGUUCCAACAAAUGAAAAUUUACAUGUCAUGCUUGGACCCGCAGGAAAGAAGUAGACGGGAACAACUGAUGAUUCAGACGCUCAAUAAAUUGUCUAAAGACCCAAAUGCUCAAAGCUCUUGUCUGAGAUUGGAAGCUCCUCCAGUGGUUACCACAAGUCUGAACAAAGAUAAAGGUUUAGUCUUUGAUUUCAGUAAGACUCAGACGGAGGACAAUCAAGGUCCUAAUGCUUCUGAUCAGGCAGUUACUGGAAAUAUAAGAUCAAAUAUGGAGGUUGCUAAGCUUAACACAACGCUAGUACUGGCUCCUCAAAUCAGAACAGAGCGACAACAGCUUCAGGUUACUGCUCCUCAAGAAGGCGGUGGUAAUUUUGUUCCUGAAGCAGUCAAUCCGGUCUUUACCAUCGGAGCUACAGAGGAUAGUUCUUAUGGACUAAGUGGUCGGAGUAGGAAUACUCAACAUCGGUCUGUAUCCUGGACUCGGAAGAGGAGAUACAACACUGGACAACACGGAGGAUGA